AUUAGACGAAGAAGAAGAGCCUGGCUCCGCCUGUUUUGUGCAGCCGCACUCCAGUGGUCAUUAUUUGAAGUAGUAGCGCGUUCCUUUUUCAACGAAUAACUACAAUUCUCUGAGUUUGGUUAGUCCACGAGGCAGUCAUGUCUAACCACGAUUCAGCCAACAUGAAGCUUCCACCUAUACAGUCCACGGCUGGAGCCGUACCGGUCCGGAAUGAGAAAGGUGAGCUCUCAAUGGAAAAAGUGAAGGUGAAGAGAUACGUGUCAGGCAAACGUCCAGACUAUGCCCCGAUGGAGUCAUCAGAUGAGGAAGAGGAGGAUUUUCAAUUUGUUAAAAAGGGAAAAGAAAUUGAGCCCGAGAUUGAACAGGAGGAAGAGGAUGUGUCUGACCCACGUUUAAAGCGUUUGCUCAACCGUGUCUCUGAGGAUGUUGAGGAGAGGCUCGCCAGACAUAGACAAAUUGUAGAGCCUGAAGUUGUUGCUGAGAGCAGCGAAGACUCUGAUGAAGGGACGUGGCAUCCACAACAUGAGCGUGAGGAAAGCAGCGAGGAUGAAGAAGAGGAAGAGGAAGAAAUUGAUGAUGAGGAAAUCGAAAGGCGUCGAGGAAUGAUGCGUCAACGGGCUUUGGAACGCAAGACUGAAGAGAUGGAGGUCCUAGAGGUGGAGGAGGAAGGCAAAUCAGGGGAGGAAUCGGAGUCAGAGUCUGAGUAUGAAGAAUAUACCGAUAGUGAAGAUGAAGCCGAGCCCAGACUCAAACCAGUCUUCAUUCGCAAAAAAGACAGAGUUACCGUGGCAGAGCGGGAAGCCGAGCAGCAAAAGCAAAAAGAGCUAGAGGCUGAAGCCAAGAAGCAGCAGGAGGAGCGCCGACGCUACACACUGAAGAUAGUAGAAGAGGAGGCCAAGAAGGAGUUUGAGGAGAAUCGGCGCUCCCUGGCCGCACUGGAAGCCCUCGACACAGAUGGCGAAAACGAGGAGGAGGAGUACGAAGCCUGGAAAGUUCGGGAACUGAAACGAAUUAAGAAGGACAGAGAAGCUCGAGAAGCCAUGGAGAAGGAAAAGUCAGAUAUCGAGAGAUUCCGUAACAUGAAGGAUGAGGAGCGCAGGGCAGAGCUUCGCAACAAUGGCAAAGUCAUCACCAACAAAGCAUCUAAAGGCAAAUACAAGUUCCUUCAGAAGUACUACCAUAGAGGCGCCUUUUUCUUGAAUGAGGAGGAUGAAGUGUACAAGCGAGACUUCAGUGCACCCACGCUGGAGGAUCACUUCAAUAAAACUAUCCUGCCCAAAGUCAUGCAGGUUAAAAACUUUGGGCGGUCUGGACGUACCAAGUAUACUCACCUGGUGGAUCAGGACACCACGUCGUUUGACUCUGCAUGGGCUCAGGAAAGUGCUCAGAACAACAAGUUCUUUAAGCAGAAGGCAGCAGGAGUAAGAGAUGUGUUUGACAGACCCACGGUAAAGAGGAAGAAGACAUAAAUUUGUGCCAUCAAUGCACUCAACCCUUGCUAGGACUUUGAAAUAAAAAAACAGAUUCGGUUUGGAUUGUUUCAGUCCAUCUUAAGACUGCAGACCUAAUUUGAGAGGUUUAAAAUUGGAUGUCAUCUUUGCUCUCUCUUGUAUUUUGACAAAUGAUACGUUUAUUGUCCCAGAUGAAAUAAACGGUGGGACAACAAAAGAUGUAAUAUGUUUCUCAAAGCUCUUUGGGGGCUAGUUAUUGUCAAGAUGUAAGGUAAUUUUGUACAUAUUCGCCAUGGUAUGACUGAGUUAAAUGAUUUGCUCUUCCAUAUUUGUGACAGGUUGAUUUCUUUUUGUAUAAUAAAACAUGUAUUUUCAGAAUUUUAAGAA